CGGAUCGAGCUAAAAUGCUUGGAAAACAUAAAAAUUACUCGGGAAUAAUCAUUUGAUGUCCAAUGAGAGAGUGCUUGACUCCUUUCUCGAGGGGGUCGAGACAAUGAUAGGUAUUUAGGCGAAUUGAUUGAGCACUCGCUGGGUUGCGCUUUCCGCCUCUGGGUUGUAAUUCUCACCGUUACAACCACAGAUCAUUUCCCACCUCUUCAUCACUUCAUCUUUUGGUGAUCUUUUCUGAUUGCUCUCAUUUUCUACUCAAACAAGCUCGGUGAAGCUAGGCAUUCAACCCAUCGGUAUGUAUCCCAACCCAUGAGGUCCGUUAAUGCCGCACUUUUCACGAUCUCUCGUAACGUACACCCAUACACCUUGUUGUACAAAUGUUGGUUGUUGGCGACGAGAUAUGGUUCUUCCCUAAUUUACUCUGUACAGCGGUACCAAAUCUUCCAUUCCGAUCUUCUGAUGUUCUAUAACCUUCCCUUUUUCUCAUCCCAUCUAUCUACUCACGGGAUGCGCCGCUCACACAUGGACGGAUAACUAAGUUCACCCUGAACUGUCAAACCCGCACCACCCCCGCACCCUUCUCAUUACCUUCAUUUUGGGUGUGGGCACUAUACCACUCGUUGUCAGCAAGUCCCAUCAAGCACGACGAGCUCAAGUCUCUAGCAACGGAGACACGUUUGCACGUUUGUACCACAUUUAGCGAAUUAUGUACAUCGGCGUCUCGAAGCGUGUUGUGUGAAAAGCUGGCGCUUUUCUGAAGAAUGAUGGAAAAAAGAGAAAAGGAGAAAGAGCGACUGAAUUCAAAAACAU